AUGCGUCGUACAGCUCAGCUGGACGUGUAUUCAUCUCUGGGCACUUCAAAGCAAACAAAAUUCAGAAUGUCUUCGACUCCGACUGUCCCCUGUGACCCGCACUCGGCCUUUUUCGGCCUUAUGGGUGUGGUAUGCGCCAUGGUCUUCUCUAAUGUCGGAGCGGCCUACGGUACUGCCCGCAGUGGCGUCGGUAUCAGUUGCAUGGGUGUCAUGAGACCUGACCUCGUCAUGAGGUCGAUCGUGCCCGUUAUUAUGGCUGGUAUCUUGGGUAUCUACGGACUCAUCAUAUCCGUCGUCAUCGUAUCACACAUCGGACACCCUGGAAGCUACUCCGCCUUCACGGGAUACGCCCACCUGGCAGCUGGGCUCAUUGUCGGUUUCAGUGGACUGGCCUCCGGAUAUGCCAUCGGUAUCAUUGGUGACGCCGGUGUCAGGGCCAACGCCCAGCAAACCCGCCUGUUCGUCGGAAUGAUCCUCACGCUCGUUUUCGCCGAAACCCUCGGUCUGUACGGUCUCAUCGUGGCCCUUAUCGUGGCGCUUAAGCCGGUGGCCGGUCUUUGCGUAGCCUACGCCGUGGAGCAGGGAACGCACUAA